AUGGGGUCGGGGGUCGUGACAAAACCUGAGGACUUGAAGAGGUUUCAAGGCACUCAGGGAAAAUCAGCAUCUGCGGAAAUUGUUUCCGGUAUCCCUUCAUGGAUCCACCGCAAGUCCCCACAGGUGCCUGAAGUCGGCAGCAAAGAGAAACCCAAUGGGGUUAAAACUAGUAGUGGGGUGGUAGGGGGAAACAGUGGUGGUGGAGGUGCCAAAGAAAACGGUGGUGGUGGAGGUGUCAAAAGAAAUGUUAAAGAAGGUGGGAACGGUGGUGGCAAUGGCGGUGGUGGCAAUGGCGGUGGCGGCAAUGGUGGUGGGGAAUAG